AGUGUAAUAUCGAUAGCUUAUUAUACAGUAAACUAAUGUGGUAGUGUGCAGUGAAUGGAGAAUUAAUUUUGAAGCGCGUUUAACCACCAUCUUGGAGUCAACGGCCGGUAGUCCACGUGCUUCUUGUAAAGACUAGCUAUCGAUUUACAAGAGCUAACAAAUCACCGUACACUGUCUUGUACAACCGUACAAUUUUUGUCGUUUGUAAACCUCUCAAUACCUUGAUACUGGCGAAAUAGUCCCACUGGGCUGAAGCCAUAAUUUUAAAAGAAGAAGAAGAAGAAGAAGAAGAACUUCAAAAUUCAGCUGUAUUUUAACUAAUAACGCGACAAUUAUAGAAGUUGUUGCUGCAAUACCUGUUUCUCUCUGUUUUCACCUUAUAUACGCAGUAUUAAUGAGAACUUGCUGGAGUCAUUAUAAUCAAGUAGUACCUUGGGUUAAACGCCCAUCACUUUAAUGGUACUGAAGAGCGUCCACGAAUUCUGCGCUACGAUCUACUUAUCGGCCACUAAAGACAAGGUCCCGCUACAACCGUGGGUCGCCGCUCAGUAAGCCGCUACUCGUGGCGUAAGCAAGUCGCGAUGUUACUCGUCGUGGCCGCUGUAAUCGCGGCAUGUGCCGUUUGCCUCUUUUAUGGCUUUCUCUCCACUUUAACAUUAUCUGUUAGUUUAGUGUUAGUGUAUGUUGCUUUGUUCUACUGGAGAUGGUGCUACGUCGCCCUAAGGACUGCCCCGAGGGAUAUUGCAGCCCUAAUAUGCUACGUAAAAUUGCUAUGGCUGACGAGGCAGUUAGCAAAGAAAAACUGGACAAUUCCAGAUGCAUUCCAUGAAACUGUGGGACAUCAUCCAAACAAACCAUGCUUUCUACAUCAAGACGAAGUGUGGACUUUUAAGGAGGUGGAAGACUUCAGCUUGCGCGUGACAGCCGUGCUGAGAGCGCAAGGCGUAAAGAAGGGCGGCGUAGUUGGUGUCCUGAUGAGUAACUGCCCCCAACUGCCCAGCAUCUGGCUGGGGGCGGUCCGGCUCGGCGCCGUCUGCCCGCUCAUCAACACUAAUCAGCGUGGCAACGCGUUAAUACACUCCGUCAAUGUCGCUAAUUGCGAUGUAGUGAUAUUCUCGGAGGAAUAUCAAACCGCAAUUCAAGAGGUAGCAGGUAAAUUGAGUCCUUCACUGAAAUUAUUCAAGUUUGUUCACCGGCCCCUCAAUACCGCCAACCCAGAGGCCAAAUCGAGCGGCGACCAGAUACCUGACUUGACGUCUUUACUGGAGACCACGCCGCCUGCUCCGUGGUCCUUGGCUGAUGCUGAUGGCUUCCAUGGAAAACUUCUAUACAUCUACACAUCUGGAACCACUGGAUUGCCUAAGGCUGCCGUUAUUUCAAGCUCCAGAUUCGUAUUCAUGGCAGCGGGUCUCCAUUACCUGGGCGGUAUAACCCCGGACGACACAGUGUACUGCCCUCUGCCCCUGUACCACACCGCGGGAGGCGUCAUCAGCGUCGGCCAAGCGCUACUCUUCGGCUGCACGGUGGCUGUGAAGGCCAAGUUCUCUGCCUCGCAGUACUUCCCGGACUGCAUUAAAUAUAAAGCUACGGUGGCGCACUACAUUGGUGAGAUGUGCCGCUACGUGCUGGCGACGCCGCCCGCGCCGGCCGACAAACAGCACUCCGUUCGUACGAUUUUCGGCAACGGCAUGCGCCCUCAGAUAUGGAAUGACUUCGUGACAAGGUUCAAUAUCAAACACGUUGCUGAGUUUUAUGGAGCCACCGAAGGAAACGCCAAUAUUGUAAAUAUCGACAGCAAACCCGGGGCGAUUGGCUUCGUGUCCAGGAUUAUUCCGAAGGUGUACCCGAUCGCGAUCAUAAAGGUCGACCAGGAGACCGGCGAGCCCAUCCGGGACGCUAAUGGACUUUGUCAGUUAGCGCAGCCAGAGGAGCCGGGUGUGUUCAUCGGCAAGAUAUCGCCCAACAACCCCACGCGUGCCUUCCUGGGCUAUGUCGACAAGUCCGCCUCCGACAAGAAGAUCGUCAGAGACGUGUUCGCCAAGGGAGACUCUGCGUUCAUCUCCGGUGACAUCCUCGUGGCGGACGAGCUGGGCUACCUGUACUUCCGGGACCGCACGGGCGACACGUUCCGCUGGCGCGGCGAGAACGUCAGCACCACCGAGGUGGAGUCGGCCGUGUCGCGCGUCGCGGAUCAGAGGGACGCUGUGGUCUACGGAGUCGAGGUUCCGAACACGGAGGGGCGCGCGGGGAUGUGCGGCGUCGUCGACGGCGACGGGACCCUGGACCUGGCGCAGCUGGCCGCGGACCUCGCCAAGGACCUGCCCGUCUACGCCCGCCCCGUCUUCGUGCGGGUCAUGCCCAGCAUGGACAUGACAGGUACAUUUAAAAUGAAGAAAACUGACUUGCAAAAAGAAGGUUUCGAUCCUGCCCUAGUGAAGAAAGACAAACUUUACUACCUCGACUCGAAGUUGGGUCGAUACCUACCGCUAGGCUCGGAAGAGUAUGAAAAAAUUGUGAAAGGACAAAUAAGAAUAUGAUAAUUUUGUAGUAAAAGAUGGUUUUACGUGUCGUCUGGUUUAGACGUGAAGGUUCUUCGAUAGUUUUUAUAGCCUUUUUAGUGAGUGGCGUCCUUACUUUAUUUAUAGAAAAAGUUUACUGAAUGUUGAUUCUGAGCAAUUAACCGCACUGAGCUUAAAACUUAACCAUAGUAAAUAUAUGACUGGCUGUAUCUCAGUAAUAUACCUAUCCAAAUGCCACUUACCUUACCUGUCUUUAAUUAUUAUUUUAUAAUCAUAUAAAUAAAUCUUAGACACGCUUAUUACCAUAAUACCUUUAUAAUCAGGCUACUUGCAAAUGUUUGUCUUUACUCUGUGCAUUGCCCGUUUUAUUAAAGCAUUUAAAAAUAAUCAUCAUCAUGUCAGCCGAUAGACGUCCACUGCUGGACAUAGGCCUCCCCCAAGGCUCGCCACUCCGAGCGAUCCUGUGCUGCUCGCAUCCACCGGAUUCCCGCGACCUUCACCAGGUCGUCGCUCCAUCUCGUAAAAUAAUAUUACUAUGUAAUAAUAUUUUUGCUAUCACAUGCUUUUGAAUGUACUUUCUAGAUCUGUCUCGAUUAAGAUAGAUACCCGUUGUGAUAUCAGGACGAAUUACUCAAAUAUCUCAAAUCAGUUUUUGUUUCUGGUUCUCGAUAGAUAAGAGUUGAGGCGAAAAUUGCUAAUAUCGUAGGUUCGUGAAUAUCAACUACCUUAAUUAUUCUAAGGAAGUAAAAAUCAAAUAGGUACACGUCCUAUUCUUCAUUGUACGAGAAAACGCGUGUACACGACAGCAAUUUUUACAUCAACUUCUUAGUAGGUAGGUACUUAAGUAGAUCAAGUUAGUUUUAAUUGGUGUUUGGGAUGAAUUUUAUUAUUUUUUCCCUUUGGUUUUGGUCAAGAAUUGGGAACUAGAUGCAUAGUAGGAACGGUACUUACGCGUCUUUAAAAAUUUUAAAAUUUUCGUACAAUAUCAUGCUAUUUGUAUAAAUUAGUUAAUUUAUUAUUUGCUUGUUACAAGUAAUAGUUCACCAUAAUGAACAUUGUUAUUUGUUUAUCAUUACCGUAAUUGUGUCAAUUCAAAACUGUAAUUUUGUAUGUAUUGUGAUAUUUAUUAUGCUUAAAGCGGUACUAAUUAAGAAUAUGAAAACUACAUGAACUUAUUGUAUCUACUUGUUUUUUUUCUUUAAAAUCUACUUUAAAAAAAAAAGGUACAAACAAAAUAAAAAUGCGUUAUUCCAAUAACUUUGUAAGACUGACCGCAUAUUUUGUAAGAAUUUAUUUUUAGCAUUAUUUUUCUUUUCAAAAACCUUAUAUUUAUAAAUAUGUAUUGUACAGAUGUUUAAGAAUUUGUAAGUCUUGUGGUCGGAAUACAGUUAAUAUAUUUUC